GUUGUUUCGUUUCGACGUCCUGUUUCUCAAGCAGUAUCUUCUUUCUAGAUUCUUCUCUGUUUUUGCAGUCACCAUCACCGAAUACAAAUUUGAAGUUAUCAGCAAUCGGAGCCUGAAAAAGCUAGUUGCGAGACAAGAUCUCACUACGCGUAAGUCCGGCAAACGCGUUGCGCGCGACGAUGGUUCGUUUUCUUCGGGGCUCCGUGGCGCUUUGAUUGUCUCCAGCCAGGAAGAGUCCGCUGCCUCGCCGCGUUUCCCCGUAGGGACAUCGAGGCUGCGAAGCCGUCAACGGUAUCAAGUGCAACUGUGUGCGUCUGUGCCCUCUGCUGGAAGGAAAUAAGCCCAGCGCGUAGCUUAUGCAGUUUUUGCAUCUGCAAGACGGUCGUUCUUAAUGCGUACAGAGCUUGACAGUCUGAGUGUGCAUUGCAAGUGCCCACCUCAGCAAACACAGCCAGCGCGUUGUAUAUAUUUCUCAGCUGACAAUCAUGCAACAGCAGCACAGAUUUUUGUCUGUUCCAGAAUGCGCAUGAUUGAAGACUUGCAUCUUUCCAGAUCCAGACACAUUUGCACUGGAUAGGCUGUCAAGUUCCUGCAGAAUCUCGCGCCGCUUUUCGCCCCGGCUACGUAUGGCGCUCUCAAGCGUUGCACUGUUUGCCGUCACAUGCUCUGUCAUGCAAAAUUGCCAACAGCUUCAGUGUCAGUCACCACGCGGCAGCCUUUAGUCUGUGCCGAGUUUGUAAUGCGAGACGCGUAAGCCCCCCCCCCGUUCGUUGUUUUUGCUACUCCCGCAUUCCAAAUUCAUGUGUGUGGCAACUCAUGCUAACGACAAGCAAUGUAAGCGCUUGCGGGCUCCAUACUGCAGAGCGUUCGGACCACACUGAGUGCACUUCCAUGGCCACGCAUUACAUUGCGCCUACGUAUUAUAUUGCGCCUACAUGGCGGAGUACGUCGCCCACGCAGGAGCCGGGGCAAUGGGGCAAUGGCUGCCGCCACGCCCUCCCCCC